UCGUCACAUCUUGCUACAGGGCAGGCAAGACUACUCUUCUGUCUGACACUGGAUUCUUACAUAUCCAGGAAGCCUAGUUUAAAAGCCAAGAUGGAGUCAAUCAGUAAAGAUUUGGAAGGGAAGGCAAAUGACCAUGAACAAGGUAGUGGCGCAGUGGCUGGAGUCUUCUUGGAGAUGACUAAUGAGAAGUUGACAAUAUAUCAAGCCAUGAAGAAACGUCUACUGGAGCCAGGCACAGCAUUGGCCUUGUUGGAAGCCCAGGCUGCCACAGAGGGAAUUGCAGACCUGAUCAACAAGAAGAACCUUUCAGUAGAAGAAGCUGUCAAGGAAGGAAUUGUUGGACCUGAGAUGAGAGAAAAACUUCUUGUUGCAGAAAGAGCCAUUAAUGGUUACACAGAUCCAUAUACCAAUGAAAAAAUAUCUCUGUUCAAAGCCAUACAAAAAGAUGUAAUUCCAAAAGAUUAUGGAUUCCGGCUGCUUGAGGCUCAAAUAUCCACAAAAGGCGUGUUUGACCCUGUUGAAAGGAAAUAUAUUUCAGUGGAUAUAGCAAUUGAGAAGGGACACUAUGACAAGGAUUUACUUACUGACCAGAUUGAGGAGCUGAAAGUGUUCUAUGAUCCAAACUCACAAAAAAAUCUCAACUACCCAAAUCUGAUUGACCAAUGCAUAAUAGAUUCUGACACUAACUUUCGGCUGCUUCCCAUCCAAAUUACCUUCAAAGGCCUGCGCAGGGGGGUGUCCUCCACUGAGCUCCUGAAGUCAAAAAUUAUUGACGCAGAGACCUAUAACGACUUACAGAAAGGCAAAACAACCACUCAGGAUGUGAUGCUCAUGGAAACAGUCAAAGAGUACCUAGAAGGGAAAGGGAGUAUCGCUGGAGUAGCUAUUCUUUCGUCCAAUCAAAGAAUGAGCAUCUAUCAAGCAAUGAAGCAGGGAAUUCUUAUGCCUGGAACAGCUUUGAUUCUUCUUGAGGCACAAGCUGCAACUGGAUUCAUGAUUGACCCUGUUCUAAACAAGAAAUUCAGUGUGGAUGAGGCUAUCAAAAACAAACUGGUGGGCCCUGAAUAUCAUGCCAAAUUGCUCUCAGCUGAGCGGGGAGUCACAGGAUACAAAGACCCCUACACAAGUAAAACAAUAUCCCUGUUUCAGGCACUUUCAAAAUACUUAAUUGUUAAGGAGCAUGGGAUUCGCUUACUGGAAGCUCAGAUUGCUACAGGAGGAAUAAUUGACCCAAUCAACAGUCACAGACUUCCUGUGGAUGUGGCUUACAAUCGUGGUUUUUUUGAUAAAGACAUGAAUGCAAUACUUGAAGACUCAGGAGAUGACACAAAAGGAUUCUUUGAUCCAAACACAAAGGAAAAUCUGACAUAUCUUCAGUUGAUGGAAAGAUGCGUCAUCGAUCCAGCCACUGGACUCUGCCUGCUUCCCCUUCUGGGACAGUCUGAUGGGCAAAAUCAUAGUUUUAUCAACUAUCAGACCAAACUUAACUUCAAAGAAGUCACAGUGAGGGUUUCUUGUGGAAAGUACAUGGGAAUGUCUGUUUCCCUUUGGGAAUUGCUGAUGUCAGAAUACUUUGACGAACAUCUGAGGCAAGACAUAAUUCAUCAAUACACACAAGGACACCUUACAAUGACGAUGCUCAUGAAAAAAAUUAUGGGGGUUAUAGAGCAAUCAUUAAAAACAACUAUGGUCAUCUUCAAAGGAAUCCGUGAGACUGUGACAGCAAAGCAGCUAAUGGAAGCAGAUAUAAUUAGCGAGAAAGUCCUGGAGGAACUCAAUGAGGGGAAGACAACAGUGAAGGAGAUCACAGAGGAUGAAACAGUUCAUAUGUACUUACAAGGAAAAGAAAGCAUUGCAGGUGUUUUGCUUCCUGAUUCUCAGAUAAUGACAAUAUACCAAGCAAAACGAAAGGGAAAACUGAUGCCUGGAACUGCACUGAUUCUACUGGAAGCUCAAGCAGCAACAGGAUUCAUCAUUGACCCUAUUGCCAAUAGAAAGUUUUCAGUUAAUGAGGCGGUGAAAGCAAACAUUCUGGGGCCUGAGCUUACUGAAAAGCUGAAAUCAGCAGAGAAAGCAGUGACUGGUUACAAAGAUCCAUACACCGGCAAAACCAUCUCCCUGUUUCAAGCUAUGCAGAAAGACCUCAUCUUGAAAGACCAUGGAAUUCGUCUGCUGGAAGCACAGAUCGCCACUGGAGGGAUCAUUGAUCCUGUUAACAGCCAUCGUAUUCCUGUCCAUAUAGCUUACAAAAGGGGAUACUUCAAUGAGGAAAUGAAUAACAUUCUUGAUGAUCCCAGUGAUGACACUAAAGGAUUCUUUGACCCCAACACUUAUGAGAAUCUUACAUACAUGCAGCUCAUGGCCAGGUGUGUUACUGAUCCCAGCACAGGCCUUUGUCUCCUGCCCCUCAAAGACAAAAGUAACAGAGUUAUUAUUCAAGAUCACAUAAAGGAGACCUUCCAAGCUACAAAUGUUAGAGUUAAAUAUGGCAGGUUCAGUUUCAAGCAAGUAACACUCUGGGAUCUUAUCAACUCUGAAUAUCUGUGUGAAGACAAAAGGCAGGAACUAUUCAAGUUGUACAAGUCAAAGAUGAUCACAAUCGAGGAAAUUGUGUCAGUUGUCUUAGAAAUCAUUGAACACAAAGAGAUAAAUCAGCAAGCUGGUCUUAACUUUCAAGGUCUAAGGGGGAAUGUUUCCAUUGUAGACCUUUUGAAGUUAGAAAUUGUGGAUGAAAAGACAUAUCAAAGUUUGAUUGAGGGGAAACUGACCAACAAGGAUAUAAUUAGUAUAGACACAGUGAGAUCUUAUCUGAGGGGAAACAGCUGUGUUGCCGGGGUGGUACUUCAACAAUCCAAUCAAAAAAUGAGCAUCUAUGAGGCCAAGAAAAAGGGAAUGUUGACCCCUGGUACUGCCCUGUCUCUUCUGGAAGCUCAAGCUGCUACAGGCUUCAUCAUUGACCCUGUUCAGAACCUUAAGCUGACAGUGGACCAGGCUCUGAAAGAUGAAAUAAUUGGCCCAGAACUGUACGAAAAGCUGCUGUCAGCAGAGAAGGCAGUAAUUGGCUAUACAGACCCCUACACUGGUAAAAAGAUCUCACUCUUCCAAGCCAUGAAAAAAGAUCUGAUUGUGCAGCAGCAUGGUAUUCGUUUACUUGAAGCCCAAAUUGCAACAGGCGGCAUCAUUGAUCACCUGAAGUGUAUUCAUUUGCCCCUUGAAGUUGCAUACAGAGAAGGAUACUUUGAUGCUGAGCUUAAUCAGAUUCUGACCAAUCCCAGUGAUGAUACCAAGGGUUUCUUUGACCCAAGGACACAAGCAAACUUGACCUACAUGGAAAUGAUGGAACAGUGUAUAAAAGACCCAGAGACAGGUUUAUUCCUUUUGCCACUAAUGGAGAAAACACAGGAGAAAACCAAGACAAUUUAUUCAGAUGCAGAAAUAAAACAAGAAUUUGAAAAGACAACUAUUGACAUGUCAGUGGGGCAAUACUCAGGAAUGUCGGUUUCUCUUUGGGAAUUAAUUCACUCUGGAUACUUCACUGAUGAACAAAGACUCCAAUUCCUUGAUAAUUACAGAACAAAGAAGAUCACCAUUGAAAUAUUCAUGAAUUUGGUAAUUUCCACCAUGACAAAAAUUGAGAAAAACAAAACUCAGAAAACAACAAUGGGUCUGAGAAAGCCUGUCACUGCACAACAACUAUUGGAAUCAAACAUAAUUGACACAAGUACCUUCAAGAGACUGGAGGAAGGAAAAGAAACUAUUGAACAGGUGACCCAACUAGAAUCAGUUAAACAAUUUCUAAGGGGUACAGGAAGUGUUGCUGGCAUCCAGAUUCUUACAUCCAAAAAAAUUAUGAGCAUUUAUGAGGCAAUGACCAUAGGUUUGCUUACACCUGGUACUGCAAUUGCACUGCUUGAGGCUCAGGCUGCAACAGGAUUUGUCAUUGACCCAAUCAAAAACAAAUAUCUAACUGUUGAUGAUGCUGCAAAAGAACAACUGAUUGGACUAGAAAUACAUGAAAAACUGCUCUCAGCUGAACGAGCUGUCACUGGUUAUCUAGAUCCAUACACUGAUGCAACCAUAUCAUUAUUUGAAGCCAUGAAAAAAGAACUGAUUGAGAAAAGUCAUGGGAUACGUCUGUUAGAAGCUCAAAUUGCAACAGGUGGAAUAAUUGAUCCAGUCAACAGCCACAGGAUCCCUGUUCAUGUUGCAAAGCAAAAGGGCUACUUAGAUGAAGAAACAAAUGAAAUAAUGUCCAAUGACACAAAAGGAUUCUUUGACCCCAACACAAAAGAAAAUAUUACAUACCUUCAGCUAAUACAAAGGUGUGAAAAGGAUUCUCAAACAGGACUUUUACUUUUAACAAUACAUGGAGAAAAUGGAUGUAACUUUCAUACAGAUGGUCAAACAGAGCAAGCGUUCAAAGACAAAACUGUAGUCAUCAAUGUAGGUAGAUUUGAAGGGAAAAAGGCAUCACUAUGGGAUGUGUUACUCUCUGAGUACAUUUCAAAAUUAAAAAGAGAGCAGCUCUUCAAGCAAUACAAGACAAGUGCUUUAACAAUGGAAGAGAUAAUAGAAAUAGUAAUCACAAUAAUAGAAGAAGUGACUUCAAAACAAAAAAGCUUCAAAGGUCUUAGGAAGCAGGUUUCAGCUAGUGAGCUGUAUGAGUCAAAAAUAAUCUCAAAGGAACUUUUCUCUCAAAUUAUUCAUGGAGAGGUUACUGAAGAAACUGUUAACAAAAUGGAAUCAAUUCAAAAGUAUUUGGGGUCAACAAACUGCAUUGCAGGAGUAAGAAUUGAAUCAACCAAGGAGAUAAUGAGCAUCCACCAAGCCAAAUCCAAAGGUCUUCUGACUCCUGGAACCUCUCUGGUAUUGCUGGAGGCUCAGGCUGCCACAGGAUUUGUCAUUGACCCAGUGAAGAACAAGAAGCUCUCUGUAGAAGAGGCAGCAGCUCAAGGUCUGGUUGGGAGCGAGUGGAAGAACAAACUGCUUUCAGCAGAGAGGGCAGUUACUGGGUACAAAGAUCCAUACACAGGAAACACCAUCAGCUUGUUCCAGGCUUUGAAAAAGGACCUUAUUGUUAAAGACCAUGGAAUUCGCCUUCUUGAGGCUCAGAUUGCAACCGGUGGUAUCAUUGAUCCGGUGUACAGUCACAGAGUGCCUGUGGAGGUUGCCUACCAGAGAGGAUACUUUGAUGAGGAAAUGAACAAGGUCCUCGAAGAUCCUGACGAUGACACCAAGGGCUUUUUUGACCCCAACACACAAGAGAACCUGACCUACCUGCAGCUUGUGGAGAGGUGUGUGAGGGACCCAGAUACUGGUCUUAGUUUACUUGUUAUUGUCAAGAAAGGAGAGUUUUACUUCUUCAUCGAUGAGCAAACCAAGACCAUUCUGAAGUCCAUGACAACAACUAAGGCCGGAGGCAAAUUCCAAGGACAGACAGUGUCUCUUUGGGAUCUCCUCUACUCAAAAUACAUCACAGAGGAGGAAAGGAGAGAGAUUGUGCAGCAGUAUAAAUCUGGAGCAAUCACUAUUCAACGCUUCAUGGAGAUUUUACUGUCAAUCAUUCAGCAAAAGACCAGCCCUACAACAAGUCCUGUUACCACAUGCACACAACCCGAGACAAAGUCUGAAACAAAGACAAUUACCACAAUUACCACAGAAACAGCCUUUCAUGGUAUCAGGAAGAAUGUCACUGCUGGAGAACUGCUUGAAUCAAAAAUUAUUGACAAGAAACUCUAUGAAGAUCUCAAUGCCGGAAAAGUCACAGUGACUCAAGUGAGUGAAAUGGACUCAGUACGCAAGUACUUGGAGGGAUCAAACUGCAUUGCAGGUAUAUAUGUUCCAUCCUCCAAACAAACCAUGAGCAUUUAUGAGGCCAAAUCCAAAGGUCUUCUGACUCCUGGAACCUCUCUGGUAUUGCUGGAGGCUCAGGCUGCCACAGGAUUUGUCAUUGACCCAGUGAAGAACAAGAAGCUCUCUGUAGAAGAGGCAGCAGCUCAAGGUCUGGUUGGGAGCGAGUGGAAGAACAAACUGCUUUCAGCAGAGAGGGCAGUUACUGGGUACAAAGAUCCAUACACAGGAAACACCAUCAGCUUGUUCCAGGCUUUGAAAAAGGACCUUAUUGUUAAAGACCAUGGAAUUCGCCUUCUUGAGGCUCAGAUUGCAACCGGUGGUAUCAUUGAUCCGGUGUACAGUCACAGAGUGCCUGUGGAGGUUGCCUACCAGAGAGGAUACUUUGAUGAGGAAAUGAACAAGGUCCUCGAAGAUCCUGACGAUGACACCAAGGGCUUUUUUGACCCCAACACACAAGAGAACCUGACCUAUCUGCAGCUUGUGGAGAGGUGUGUGAGGGACCCAGAUACUGGUCUUAGUUUACUUGUUAUUGUCAAGAAAGGAGAGUUUUACUUCUUCAUCGAUGAGCAAACCAAGACCAUUCUGAAGUCCAUGACAACAACUAAGGCCGGAGGCAAAUUCCAAGGACAGACAGUGUCUCUUUGGGAUCUCCUCUACUCAAAAUACAUCACAGAGGAGGAAAGGAGAGAGAUUGUGCAGCAGUAUAAAUCUGGAGCAAUCACUAUUCAACGCUUCAUGGAGAUUUUACUGUCAAUCAUUCAGCAAAAGACCAGCCCUACAACAAGUCCUGUUACCACAUGCACACAACCCGAGACAAAGUCUGAAACAAAGACAAUUACCACAAUUACCACAGAAACAGCCUUUCAUGGUAUCAGGAAGAAUGUCACUGCUGGAGAACUGCUUGAAUCAAAAAUUAUUGACAAGAAACUCUAUGAAGAUCUCAAUGCCGGAAAAGUCACAGUGACUCAAGUGAGUGAAAUGGACUCAGUACGCAAGUACUUGGAGGGAUCAAACUGCAUUGCAGGUAUAUAUGUUCCAUCCUCCAAACAAACCAUGAGCAUUUAUGAGGCCAAAUCCAAAGGUCUUCUGACUCCUGGAACCUCUCUGGUAUUGCUGGAGGCUCAGGCUGCCACAGGAUUUGUCAUUGACCCAGUGAAGAACAAGAAGCUCUCUGUAGAAGAGGCAGCAGCUCAAGGUCUGGUUGGGAGCGAGUGGAAGAACAAACUGCUUUCAGCAGAGAGGGCAGUUACUGGGUACAAAGAUCCAUACACAGGAAACACCAUCAGCUUGUUCCAGGCUUUGAAAAAGGACCUUAUUGUUAAAGACCAUGGAAUUCGCCUUCUUGAGGCUCAGAUUGCAACCGGUGGUAUCAUUGAUCCGGUGUACAGUCACAGAGUGCCUGUGGAGGUUGCCUACCAGAGAGGAUACUUUGAUGAGGAAAUGAACAAGGUCCUCGAAGAUCCUGACGAUGACACCAAGGGCUUUUUUGACCCCAACACACAAGAGAACCUGACCUACCUGCAGCUUGUGGAGAGGUGUGUGAGGGACCCAGAUACUGGUCUUAGUUUACUUGUUAUUGUCAAGAAAGGAGAGUUUUACUUCUUCAUCGAUGAGCAAACCAAGACCAUUCUGAAGUCCAUGACAACAACUAAGGCCGGAGGCAAAUUCCAAGGACAGACAGUGUCUCUUUGGGAUCUCCUCUACUCAAAAUACAUCACAGAGGAGGAAAGGAGAGAGAUUGUGCAGCAGUAUAAAUCUGGAGCAAUCACUAUUCAACGCUUCAUGGAGAUUUUACUGUCAAUCAUUCAGCAAAAGACCAGCCCUACAACAAGUCCUGUUACCACAUGCACACAACCCGAGACAAAGUCUGAAACAAAGACAAUUACCACAAUUACCACAGAAACAGCCUUUCAUGGUAUCAGGAAGAAUGUCACUGCUGGAGAACUGCUUGAAUCAAAAAUUAUUGACAAGAAACUCUAUGAAGAUCUCAAUGCCGGAAAAGUCACAGUGACUCAAGUGAGUGAAAUGGACUCAGUACGCAAGUACUUGGAGGGAUCAAACUGCAUUGCAGGUAUAUAUGUUCCAUCCUCCAAACAAACCAUGAGCAUUUAUGAGGCCAAAUCCAAAGGUCUUCUGACUCCUGGAACCUCUCUGGUAUUGCUGGAGGCUCAGGCUGCCACAGGAUUUGUCAUUGACCCAGUGAAGAACAAGAAGCUCUCUGUAGAAGAGGCAGCAGCUCAAGGUCUGGUUGGGAGCGAGUGGAAGAACAAACUGCUUUCAGCAGAGAGGGCAGUUACUGGGUACAAAGAUCCAUACACAGGAAACACCAUCAGCUUGUUCCAGGCUUUGAAAAAGGACCUUAUUGUUAAAGACCAUGGAAUUCGCCUUCUUGAGGCUCAGAUUGCAACCGGUGGUAUCAUUGAUCCGGUGUACAGUCACAGAGUGCCUGUGGAGGUUGCCUACCAGAGAGGAUACUUUGAUGAGGAAAUGAACAAGGUCCUCGAAGAUCCUGACGAUGACACCAAGGGCUUUUUUGACCCCAACACACAAGAGAACCUGACCUACCUGCAGCUUGUGGAGAGGUGUGUGAGGGACCCAGAUACUGGUCUUAGUUUACUUGUUAUUGUCAAGAAAGGAGAGUUUUACUUCUUCAUCGAUGAGCAAACCAAGACCAUUCUGAAGUCCAUGACAACAACUAAGGCCGGAGGCAAAUUCCAAGGACAGACAGUGUCUCUUUGGGAUCUCCUCUACUCAAAAUACAUCACAGAGGAGGAAAGGAGAGAGAUUGUGCAGCAGUAUAAAUCUGGAGCAAUCACUAUUCAACGCUUCAUGGAGAUUUUACUGUCAAUCAUUCAGCAAAAGACCAGCCCUACAACAAGUCCUGUUACCACAUGCACACAACCCGAGACAAAGUCUGAAACAAAGACAAUUACCACAAUUACCACAGAAACAGCCUUUCAUGGUAUCAGGAAGAAUGUCACUGCUGGAGAACUGCUUGAAUCAAAAAUUAUUGACAAGAAACUCUAUGAAGAUCUCAAUGCCGGAAAAGUCACAGUGACUCAAGUGAGUGAAAUGGACUCAGUACGCAAGUACUUGGAGGGAUCAAACUGCAUUGCAGGUAUAUAUGUUCCAUCCUCCAAACAAACCAUGAGCAUUUAUGAGGCCAAAUCCAAAGGUCUUCUGACUCCUGGAACCUCUCUGGUAUUGCUGGAGGCUCAGGCUGCCACAGGAUUUGUCAUUGACCCAGUGAAGAACAAGAAGCUCUCUGUAGAAGAGGCAGCAGCUCAAGGUCUGGUUGGGAGCGAGUGGAAGAACAAACUGCUUUCAGCAGAGAGGGCAGUUACUGGGUACAAAGAUCCAUACACAGGAAACACCAUCAGCUUGUUCCAGGCUUUGAAAAAGGACCUUAUUGUUAAAGACCAUGGAAUUCGCCUUCUUGAGGCUCAGAUUGCAACCGGUGGUAUCAUUGAUCCGGUGUACAGUCACAGAGUGCCUGUGGAGGUUGCCUACCAGAGAGGAUACUUUGAUGAGGAAAUGAACAAGGUCCUCGAAGAUCCUGACGAUGACACCAAGGGCUUUUUUGACCCCAACACACAAGAGAACCUGACCUACCUGCAGCUUGUGGAGAGGUGUGUGAGGGACCCAGAUACUGGUCUUAGUUUACUUGUUAUUGUCAAGAAAGGAGAGUUUUACUUCUUCAUCGAUGAGCAAACCAAGACCAUUCUGAAGUCCAUGACAACAACUAAGGCCGGAGGCAAAUUCCAAGGACAGACAGUGUCUCUUUGGGAUCUCCUCUACUCAAAAUACAUCACAGAGGAGGAAAGGAGAGAGAUUGUGCAGCAGUAUAAAUCUGGAGCAAUCACUAUUCAACGCUUCAUGGAGAUUUUACUGUCAAUCAUUCAGCAAAAGACCAGCCCUACAACAAGUCCUGUUACCACAUGCACACAACCCGAGACAAAGUCUGAAACAAAGACAAUUACCACAAUUACCACAGAAACAGCCUUUCAUGGUAUCAGGAAGAAUGUCACUGCUGGAGAACUGCUUGAAUCAAAAAUUAUUGACAAGAAACUCUAUGAAGAUCUCAAUGCCGGAAAAGUCACAGUGACUCAAGUGAGUGAAAUGGACUCAGUACGCAAGUACUUGGAGGGAUCAAACUGCAUUGCAGGUAUAUAUGUUCCAUCCUCCAAACAAACCAUGAGCAUUUAUGAGGCCAAAUCCAAAGGUCUUCUGACUCCUGGAACCUCUCUGGUAUUGCUGGAGGCUCAGGCUGCCACAGGAUUUGUCAUUGACCCAGUGAAGAACAAGAAGCUCUCUGUAGAAGAGGCAGCAGCUCAAGGUCUGGUUGGGAGCGAGUGGAAGAACAAACUGCUUUCAGCAGAGAGGGCAGUUACUGGGUACAAAGAUCCAUACACAGGAAACACCAUCAGCUUGUUCCAGGCUUUGAAAAAGGACCUUAUUGUUAAAGACCAUGGAAUUCGCCUUCUUGAGGCUCAGAUUGCAACCGGUGGUAUCAUUGAUCCGGUGUACAGUCACAGAGUGCCUGUGGAGGUUGCCUACCAGAGAGGAUACUUUGAUGAGGAAAUGAACAAGGUCCUCGAAGAUCCUGACGAUGACACCAAGGGCUUUUUUGACCCCAACACACAAGAGAACCUGACCUACCUGCAGCUUGUGGAGAGGUGUGUGAGGGACCCAGAUACUGGUCUUAGUUUACUUGUUAUUGUCAAGAAAGGAGAGUUUUACUUCUUCAUCGAUGAGCAAACCAAGACCAUUCUGAAGUCCAUGACAACAACUAAGGCCGGAGGCAAAUUCCAAGGACAGACAGUGUCUCUUUGGGAUCUCCUCUACUCAAAAUACAUCACAGAGGAGGAAAGGAGAGAGAUUGUGCAGCAGUAUAAAUCUGGAGCAAUCACUAUUCAACGCUUCAUGGAGAUUUUACUGUCAAUCAUUCAGCAAAAGACCAGCCCUACAACAAGUCCUGUUACCACAUGCACACAACCCGAGACAAAGUCUGAAACAAAGACAAUUACCACAAUUACCACAGAAACAGCCUUUCAUGGUAUCAGGAAGAAUGUCACUGCUGGAGAACUGCUUGAAUCAAAAAUUAUUGACAAGAAACUCUAUGAAGAUCUCAAUGCCGGAAAAGUCACAGUGACUCAAGUGAGUGAAAUGGACUCAGUACGCAAGUACUUGGAGGGAUCAAACUGCAUUGCAGGUAUAUAUGUUCCAUCCUCCAAACAAACCAUGAGCAUUUAUGAGGCCAAAUCCAAAGGUCUUCUGACUCCUGGAACCUCUCUGGUAUUGCUGGAGGCUCAGGCUGCCACAGGAUUUGUCAUUGACCCAGUGAAGAACAAGAAGCUCUCUGUAGAAGAGGCAGCAGCUCAAGGUCUGGUUGGGAGCGAGUGGAAGAACAAACUGCUUUCAGCAGAGAGGGCAGUUACUGGGUACAAAGAUCCAUACACAGGAAACACCAUCAGCUUGUUCCAGGCUUUGAAAAAGGACCUUAUUGUUAAAGACCAUGGAAUUCGCCUUCUUGAGGCUCAGAUUGCAACCGGUGGUAUCAUUGAUCCGGUGUACAGUCACAGAGUGCCUGUGGAGGUUGCCUACCAGAGAGGAUACUUUGAUGAGGAAAUGAACAAGGUCCUCGAAGAUCCUGACGAUGACACCAAGGGCUUUUUUGACCCCAACACACAAGAGAACCUGACCUACCUGCAGCUUGUGGAGAGGUGUGUGAGGGACCCAGAUACUGGUCUUAGUUUACUUGUUAUUGUCAAGAAAGGAGAGUUUUACUUCUUCAUCGAUGAGCAAACCAAGACCAUUCUGAAGUCCAUGACAACAACUAAGGCCGGAGGCAAAUUCCAAGGACAGACAGUGUCUCUUUGGGAUCUCCUCUACUCAAAAUACAUCACAGAGGAGGAAAGGAGAGAGAUUGUGCAGCAGUAUAAAUCUGGAGCAAUCACUAUUCAACGCUUCAUGGAGAUUUUACUGUCAAUCAUUCAGCAAAAGACCAGCCCUACAACAAGUCCUGUUACCACAUGCACACAACCCGAGACAAAGUCUGAAACAAAGACAAUUACCACAAUUACCACAGAAACAGCCUUUCAUGGUAUCAGGAAGAAUGUCACUGCUGGAGAACUGCUUGAAUCAAAAAUUAUUGACAAGAAACUCUAUGAAGAUCUCAAUGCCGGAAAAGUCACAGUGACUCAAGUGAGUGAAAUGGACUCAGUACGCAAGUACUUGGAGGGAUCAAACUGCAUUGCAGGUAUAUAUGUUCCAUCCUCCAAACAAACCAUGAGCAUUUAUGAGGCCAAAUCCAAAGGUCUUCUGACUCCUGGAACCUCUCUGGUAUUGCUGGAGGCUCAGGCUGCCACAGGAUUUGUCAUUGACCCAGUGAAGAACAAGAAGCUCUCUGUAGAAGAGGCAGCAGCUCAAGGUCUGGUUGGGAGCGAGUGGAAGAACAAACUGCUUUCAGCAGAGAGGGCAGUUACUGGGUACAAAGAUCCAUACACAGGAAACACCAUCAGCUUGUUCCAGGCUUUGAAAAAGGACCUUAUUGUUAAAGACCAUGGAAUUCGCCUUCUUGAGGCUCAGAUUGCAACCGGUGGUAUCAUUGAUCCGGUGUACAGUCACAGAGUGCCUGUGGAGGUUGCCUACCAGAGAGGAUACUUUGAUGAGGAAAUGAACAAGGUCCUCGAAGAUCCUGACGAUGACACCAAGGGCUUUUUUGACCCCAACACACAAGAGAACCUGACCUACCUGCAGCUUGUGGAGAGGUGUGUGAGGGACCCAGAUACUGGUCUUAGUUUACUUGUUAUUGUCAAGAAAGGAGAGUUUUACUUCUUCAUCGAUGAGCAAACCAAGACCAUUCUGAAGUCCAUGACAACAACUAAGGCCGGAGGCAAAUUCCAAGGACAGACAGUGUCUCUUUGGGAUCUCCUCUACUCAAAAUACAUCACAGAGGAGGAAAGGAGAGAGAUUGUGCAGCAGUAUAAAUCUGGAGCAAUCACUAUUCAACGCUUCAUGGAGAUUUUACUGUCAAUCAUUCAGCAAAAGACCAGCCCUACAACAAGUCCUGUUACCACAUGCACACAACCCGAGACAAAGUCUGAAACAAAGACAAUUACCACAAUUACCACAGAAACAGCCUUUCAUGGUAUCAGGAAGAAUGUCACUGCUGGAGAACUGCUUGAAUCAAAAAUUAUUGACAAGAAACUCUAUGAAGAUCUCAAUGCCGGAAAAGUCACAGUGACUCAAGUGAGUGAAAUGGACUCAGUACGCAAGUACUUGGAGGGAUCAAACUGCAUUGCAGGUAUAUAUGUUCCAUCCUCCAAACAAACCAUGAGCAUUUAUGAGGCCAAAUCCAAAGGUCUUCUGACUCCUGGAACCUCUCUGGUAUUGCUGGAGGCUCAGGCUGCCACAGGAUUUGUCAUUGACCCAGUGAAGAACAAGAAGCUCUCUGUAGAAGAGGCAGCAGCUCAAGGUCUGGUUGGGAGCGAGUGGAAGAACAAACUGCUUUCAGCAGAGAGGGCAGUUACUGGGUACAAAGAUCCAUACACAGGAAACACCAUCAGCUUGUUCCAGGCUUUGAAAAAGGACCUUAUUGUUAAAGACCAUGGAAUUCGCCUUCUUGAGGCUCAGAUUGCAACCGGUGGUAUCAUUGAUCCGGUGUACAGUCACAGAGUGCCUGUGGAGGUUGCCUACCAGAGAGGAUACUUUGAUGAGGAAAUGAACAAGGUCCUCGAAGAUCCUGACGAUGACACCAAGGGCUUUUUUGACCCCAACACACAAGAGAACCUGACCUACCUGCAGCUUGUGGAGAGGUGUGUGAGGGACCCAGAUACUGGUCUUAGUUUACUUGUUAUUGUCAAGAAAGGAGAGUUUUACUUCUUCAUCGAUGAGCAAACCAAGACCAUUCUGAAGUCCAUGACAACAACUAAGGCCGGAGGCAAAUUCCAAGGACAGACAGUGUCUCUUUGGGAUCUCCUCUACUCAAAAUACAUCACAGAGGAGGAAAGGAGAGAGAUUGUGCAGCAGUAUAAAUCUGGAGCAAUCACUAUUCAACGCUUCAUGGAGAUUUUACUGUCAAUCAUUCAGCAAAAGACCAGCCCUACAACAAGUCCUGUUACCACAUGCACACAACCCGAGACAAAGUCUGAAACAAAGACAAUUACCACAAUUACCACAGAAACAGCCUUUCAUGGUAUCAGGAAGAAUGUCACUGCUGGAGAACUGCUUGAAUCAAAAAUUAUUGACAAGAAACUCUAUGAAGAUCUCAAUGCCGGAAAAGUCACAGUGACUCAAGUGAGUGAAAUGGACUCAGUACGCAAGUACUUGGAGGGAUCAAACUGCAUUGCAGGUAUAUAUGUUCCAUCCUCCAAACAAACCAUGAGCAUUUAUGAGGCCAAAUCCAAAGGUCUUCUGACUCCUGGAACCUCUCUGGUAUUGCUGGAGGCUCAGGCUGCCACAGGAUUUGUCAUUGACCCAGUGAAGAACAAGAAGCUCUCUGUAGAAGAGGCAGCAGCUCAAGGUCUGGUUGGGAGCGAGUGGAAGAACAAACUGCUUUCAGCAGAGAGGGCAGUUACUGGGUACAAAGAUCCAUACACAGGAAACACCAUCAGCUUGUUCCAGGCUUUGAAAAAGGACCUUAUUGUUAAAGACCAUGGAAUUCGCCUUCUUGAGGCUCAGAUUGCAACCGGUGGUAUCAUUGAUCCGGUGUACAGUCACAGAGUGCCUGUGGAGGUUGCCUACCAGAGAGGAUACUUUGAUGAGGAAAUGAACAAGGUCCUCGAAGAUCCUGACGAUGACACCAAGGGCUUUUUUGACCCCAACACACAAGAGAACCUGACCUACCUGCAGCUUGUGGAGAGGUGUGUGAGGGACCCAGAUACUGGUCUUAGUUUACUUGUUAUUGUCAAGAAAGGAGAGUUUUACUUCUUCAUCGAUGAGCAAACCAAGACCAUUCUGAAGUCCAUGACAACAACUAAGGCCGGAGGCAAAUUCCAAGGACAGACAGUGUCUCUUUGGGAUCUCCUCUACUCAAAAUACAUCACAGAGGAGGAAAGGAGAGAGAUUGUGCAGCAGUAUAAAUCUGGAGCAAUCACUAUUCAACGCUUCAUGGAGAUUUUACUGUCAAUCAUUCAGCAAAAGACCAGCCCUACAACAAGUCCUGUUACCACAUGCACACAACCCGAGACAAAGUCUGAAACAAAGACAAUUACCACAAUUACCACAGAAACAGCCUUUCAUGGUAUCAGGAAGAAUGUCACUGCUGGAGAACUGCUUGAAUCAAAAAUUAUUGACAAGAAACUCUAUGAAGAUCUCAAUGCCGGAAAAGUCACAGUGACUCAAGUGAGUGAAAUGGACUCAGUACGCAAGUACUUGGAGGGAUCAAACUGCAUUGCAGGUAUAUAUGUUCCAUCCUCCAAACAAACCAUGAGCAUUUAUGAGGCCAAAUCCAAAGGUCUUCUGACUCCUGGAACCUCUCUGGUAUUGCUGGAGGCUCAGGCUGCCACAGGAUUUGUCAUUGACCCAGUGAAGAACAAGAAGCUCUCUGUAGAAGAGGCAGCAGCUCAAGGUCUGGUUGGGAGCGAGUGGAAGAACAAACUGCUUUCAGCAGAGAGGGCAGUUACUGGGUACAAAGAUCCAUACACAGGAAACACCAUCAGCUUGUUCCAGGCUUUGAAAAAGGACCUUAUUGUUAAAGACCAUGGAAUUCGCCUUCUUGAGGCUCAGAUUGCAACCGGUGGUAUCAUUGAUCCGGUGUACAGUCACAGAGUGCCUGUGGAGGUUGCCUACCAGAGAGGAUACUUUGAUGAGGAAAUGAACAAGGUCCUCGAAGAUCCUGACGAUGACACCAAGGGCUUUUUUGACCCCAACACACAAGAGAACCUGACCUACCUGCAGCUUGUGGAGAGGUGUGUGAGGGACCCAGAUACUGGUCUUAGUUUACUUGUUAUUGUCAAGAAAGGAGAGUUUUACUUCUUCAUCGAUGAGCAAACCAAGACCAUUCUGAAGUCCAUGACAACAACUAAGGCCGGAGGCAAAUUCCAAGGACAGACAGUGUCUCUUUGGGAUCUCCUCUACUCAAAAUACAUCACAGAGGAGGAAAGGAGAGAGAUUGUGCAGCAGUAUAAAUCUGGAGCAAUCACUAUUCAACGCUUCAUGGAGAUUUUACUGUCAAUCAUUCAGCAAAAGACCAGCCCUACAACAAGUCCUGUUACCACAUGCACACAACCCGAGACAAAGUCUGAAACAAAGACAAUUACCACAAUUACCACAGAAACAGCCUUUCAUGGUAUCAGGAAGAAUGUCACUGCUGGAGAACUGCUUGAAUCAAAAAUUAUUGACAAGAAACUCUAUGAAGAUCUCAAUGCCGGAAAAGUCACAGUGACUCAAGUGAGUGAAAUGGACUCAGUACGCAAGUACUUGGAGGGAUCAAACUGCAUUGCAGGUAUAUAUGUUCCAUCCUCCAAACAAACCAUGAGCAUUUAUGAGGCCAAAUCCAAAGGUCUUCUGACUCCUGGAACCUCUCUGGUAUUGCUGGAGGCUCAGGCUGCCACAGGAUUUGUCAUUGACCCAGUGAAGAACAAGAAGCUCUCUGUAGAAGAGGCAGCAGCUCAAGGUCUGGUUGGGAGCGAGUGGAAGAACAAACUGCUUUCAGCAGAGAGGGCAGUUACUGGGUACAAAGAUCCAUACACAGGAAACACCAUCAGCUUGUUCCAGGCUUUGAAAAAGGACCUUAUUGUUAAAGACCAUGGAAUUCGCCUUCUUGAGGCUCAGAUUGCAACCGGUGGUAUCAUUGAUCCGGUGUACAGUCACAGAGUGCCUGUGGAGGUUGCCUACCAGAGAGGAUACUUUGAUGAGGAAAUGAACAAGGUCCUCGAAGAUCCUGACGAUGACACCAAGGGCUUUUUUGACCCCAACACACAAGAGAACCUGACCUACCUGCAGCUUGUGGAGAGGUGUGUGAGGGACCCAGAUACUGGUCUUAGUUUACUUGUUAUUGUCAAGAAAGGAGAGUUUUACUUCUUCAUCGAUGAGCAAACCAAGACCAUUCUGAAGUCCAUGACAACAACUAAGGCCGGAGGCAAAUUCCAAGGACAGACAGUGUCUCUUUGGGAUCUCCUCUACUCAAAAUACAUCACAGAGGAGGAAAGGAGAGAGAUUGUGCAGCAGUAUAAAUCUGGAGCAAUCACUAUUCAACGCUUCAUGGAGAUUUUACUGUCAAUCAUUCAGCAAAAGACCAGCCCUACAACAAGUCCUGUUACCACAUGCACACAACCCGAGACAAAGUCUGAAACAAAGACAAUUACCACAAUUACCACAGAAACAGCCUUUCAUGGUAUCAGGAAGAAUGUCACUGCUGGAGAACUGCUUGAAUCAAAAAUUAUUGACAAGAAACUCUAUGAAGAUCUCAAUGCCGGAAAAGUCACAGUGACUCAAGUGAGUGAAAUGGACUCAGUACGCAAGUACUUGGAGGGAUCAAACUGCAUUGCAGGUAUAUAUGUUCCAUCCUCCAAACAAACCAUGAGCAUUUAUGAGGCCAAAUCCAAAGGUCUUCUGACUCCUGGAACCUCUCUGGUAUUGCUGGAGGCUCAGGCUGCCACAGGAUUUGUCAUUGACCCAGUGAAGAACAAGAAGCUCUCUGUAGAAGAGGCAGCAGCUCAAGGUCUGGUUGGGAGCGAGUGGAAGAACAAACUGCUUUCAGCAGAGAGGGCAGUUACUGGGUACAAAGAUCCAUACACAGGAAACACCAUCAGCUUGUUCCAGGCUUUGAAAAAGGACCUUAUUGUUAAAGACCAUGGAAUUCGCCUUCUUGAGGCUCAGAUUGCAACCGGUGGUAUCAUUGAUCCGGUGUACAGUCACAGAGUGCCUGUGGAGGUUGCCUACCAGAGAGGAUACUUUGAUGAGGAAAUGAACAAGGUCCUCGAAGAUCCUGACGAUGACACCAAGGGCUUUUUUGACCCCAACACACAAGAGAACCUGACCUACCUGCAGCUUGUGGAGAGGUGUGUGAGGGACCCAGAUACUGGUCUUAGUUUACUUGUUAUUGUCAAGAAAGGAGAGUUUUACUUCUUCAUCGAUGAGCAAACCAAGACCAUUCUGAAGUCCAUGACAACAACUAAGGCCGGAGGCAAAUUCCAAGGACAGACAGUGUCUCUUUGGGAUCUCCUCUACUCAAAAUACAUCACAGAGGAGGAAAGGAGAGAGAUUGUGCAGCAGUAUAAAUCUGGAGCAAUCACUAUUCAACGCUUCAUGGAGAUUUUACUGUCAAUCAUUCAGCAAAAGACCAGCCCUACAACAAGUCCUGUUACCACAUGCACACAACCCGAGACAAAGUCUGAAACAAAGACAAUUACCACAAUUACCACAGAAACAGCCUUUCAUGGUAUCAGGAAGAAUGUCACUGCUGGAGAACUGCUUGAAUCAAAAAUUAUUGACAAGAAACUCUAUGAAGAUCUCAAUGCCGGAAAAGUCACAGUGACUCAAGUGAGUGAAAUGGACUCAGUACGCAAGUACUUGGAGGGAUCAAACUGCAUUGCAGGUAUAUAUGUUCCAUCCUCCAAACAAACCAUGAGCAUUUAUGAGGCCAAAUCCAAAGGUCUUCUGACUCCUGGAACCUCUCUGGUAUUGCUGGAGGCUCAGGCUGCCACAGGAUUUGUCAUUGACCCAGUGAAGAACAAGAAGCUCUCUGUAGAAGAGGCAGCAGCUCAAGGUCUGGUUGGGAGCGAGUGGAAGAACAAACUGCUUUCAGCAGAGAGGGCAGUUACUGGGUACAAAGAUCCAUACACAGGAAACACCAUCAGCUUGUUCCAGGCUUUGAAAAAGGACCUUAUUGUUAAAGACCAUGGAAUUCGCCUUCUUGAGGCUCAGAUUGCAACCGGUGGUAUCAUUGAUCCGGUGUACAGUCACAGAGUGCCUGUGGAGGUUGCCUACCAGAGAGGAUACUUUGAUGAGGAAAUGAACAAGGUCCUCGAAGAUCCUGACGAUGACACCAAGGGCUUUUUUGACCCCAACACACAAGAGAACCUGACCUACCUGCAGCUUGUGGAGAGGUGUGUGAGGGACCCAGAUACUGGUCUUAGUUUACUUGUUAUUGUCAAGAAAGGAGAGUUUUACUUCUUCAUCGAUGAGCAAACCAAGACCAUUCUGAAGUCCAUGACAACAACUAAGGCCGGAGGCAAAUUCCAAGGACAGACAGUGUCUCUUUGGGAUCUCCUCUACUCAAAAUACAUCACAGAGGAGGAAAGGAGAGAGAUUGUGCAGCAGUAUAAAUCUGGAGCAAUCACUAUUCAACGCUUCAUGGAGAUUUUACUGUCAAUCAUUCAGCAAAAGACCAGCCCUACAACAAGUCCUGUUACCACAUGCACACAACCCGAGACAAAGUCUGAAACAAAGACAAUUACCACAAUUACCACAGAAACAGCCUUUCAUGGUAUCAGGAAGAAUGUCACUGCUGGAGAACUGCUUGAAUCAAAAAUUAUUGACAAGAAACUCUAUGAAGAUCUCAAUGCCGGAAAAGUCACAGUGACUCAAGUGAGUGAAAUGGACUCAGUACGCAAGUACUUGGAGGGAUCAAACUGCAUUGCAGGUAUAUAUGUUCCAUCCUCCAAACAAACCAUGAGCAUUUAUGAGGCCAAAUCCAAAGGUCUUCUGACUCCUGGAACCUCUCUGGUAUUGCUGGAGGCUCAGGCUGCCACAGGAUUUGUCAUUGACCCAGUGAAGAACAAGAAGCUCUCUGUAGAAGAGGCAGCAGCUCAAGGUCUGGUUGGGAGCGAGUGGAAGAACAAACUGCUUUCAGCAGAGAGGGCAGUUACUGGGUACAAAGAUCCAUACACAGGAAACACCAUCAGCUUGUUCCAGGCUUUGAAAAAGGACCUUAUUGUUAAAGACCAUGGAAUUCGCCUUCUUGAGGCUCAGAUUGCAACCGGUGGUAUCAUUGAUCCGGUGUACAGUCACAGAGUGCCUGUGGAGGUUGCCUACCAGAGAGGAUACUUUGAUGAGGAAAUGAACAAGGUCCUCGAAGAUCCUGACGAUGACACCAAGGGCUUUUUUGACCCCAACACACAAGAGAACCUGACCUACCUGCAGCUUGUGGAGAGGUGUGUGAGGGACCCAGAUACUGGUCUUAGUUUACUUGUUAUUGUCAAGAAAGGAGAGUUUUACUUCUUCAUCGAUGAGCAAACCAAGACCAUUCUGAAGUCCAUGACAACAACUAAGGCCGGAGGCAAAUUCCAAGGACAGACAGUGUCUCUUUGGGAUCUCCUCUACUCAAAAUACAUCACAGAGGAGGAAAGGAGAGAGAUUGUGCAGCAGUAUAAAUCUGGAGCAAUCACUAUUCAACGCUUCAUGGAGAUUUUACUGUCAAUCAUUCAGCAAAAGACCAGCCCUACAACAAGUCCUGUUACCACAUGCACACAACCCGAGACAAAGUCUGAAACAAAGACAAUUACCACAAUUACCACAGAAACAGCCUUUCAUGGUAUCAGGAAGAAUGUCACUGCUGGAGAACUGCUUGAAUCAAAAAUUAUUGACAAGAAACUCUAUGAAGAUCUCAAUGCCGGAAAAGUCACAGUGACUCAAGUGAGUGAAAUGGACUCAGUACGCAAGUACUUGGAGGGAUCAAACUGCAUUGCAGGUAUAUAUGUUCCAUCCUCCAAACAAACCAUGAGCAUUUAUGAGGCCAAAUCCAAAGGUCUUCUGACUCCUGGAACCUCUCUGGUAUUGCUGGAGGCUCAGGCUGCCACAGGAUUUGUCAUUGACCCAGUGAAGAACAAGAAGCUCUCUGUAGAAGAGGCAGCAGCUCAAGGUCUGGUUGGGAGCGAGUGGAAGAACAAACUGCUUUCAGCAGAGAGGGCAGUUACUGGGUACAAAGAUCCAUACACAGGAAACACCAUCAGCUUGUUCCAGGCUUUGAAAAAGGACCUUAUUGUUAAAGACCAUGGAAUUCGCCUUCUUGAGGCUCAGAUUGCAACCGGUGGUAUCAUUGAUCCGGUGUACAGUCACAGAGUGCCUGUGGAGGUUGCCUACCAGAGAGGAUACUUUGAUGAGGAAAUGAACAAGGUCCUCGAAGAUCCUGACGAUGACACCAAGGGCUUUUUUGACCCCAACACACAAGAGAACCUGACCUACCUGCAGCUUGUGGAGAGGUGUGUGAGGGACCCAGAUACUGGUCUUAGUUUACUUGUUAUUGUCAAGAAAGGAGAGUUUUACUUCUUCAUCGAUGAGCAAACCAAGACCAUUCUGAAGUCCAUGACAACAACUAAGGCCGGAGGCAAAUUCCAAGGACAGACAGUGUCUCUUUGGGAUCUCCUCUACUCAAAAUACAUCACAGAGGAGGAAAGGAGAGAGAUUGUGCAGCAGUAUAAAUCUGGAGCAAUCACUAUUCAACGCUUCAUGGAGAUUUUACUGUCAAUCAUUCAGCAAAAGACCAGCCCUACAACAAGUCCUGUUACCACAUGCACACAACCCGAGACAAAGUCUGAAACAAAGACAAUUACCACAAUUACCACAGAAACAGCCUUUCAUGGUAUCAGGAAGAAUGUCACUGCUGGAGAACUGCUUGAAUCAAAAAUUAUUGACAAGAAACUCUAUGAAGAUCUCAAUGCCGGAAAAGUCACAGUGACUCAAGUGAGUGAAAUGGACUCAGUACGCAAGUACUUGGAGGGAUCAAACUGCAUUGCAGGUAUAUAUGUUCCAUCCUCCAAACAAACCAUGAGCAUUUAUGAGGCCAAAUCCAAAGGUCUUCUGACUCCUGGAACCUCUCUGGUAUUGCUGGAGGCUCAGGCUGCCACAGGAUUUGUCAUUGACCCAGUGAAGAACAAGAAGCUCUCUGUAGAAGAGGCAGCAGCUCAAGGUCUGGUUGGGAGCGAGUGGAAGAACAAACUGCUUUCAGCAGAGAGGGCAGUUACUGGGUACAAAGAUCCAUACACAGGAAACACCAUCAGCUUGUUCCAGGCUUUGAAAAAGGACCUUAUUGUUAAAGACCAUGGAAUUCGCCUUCUUGAGGCUCAGAUUGCAACCGGUGGUAUCAUUGAUCCGGUGUACAGUCACAGAGUGCCUGUGGAGGUUGCCUACCAGAGAGGAUACUUUGAUGAGGAAAUGAACAAGGUCCUCGAAGAUCCUGACGAUGACACCAAGGGCUUUUUUGACCCCAACACACAAGAGAACCUGACCUACCUGCAGCUUGUGGAGAGGUGUGUGAGGGACCCAGAUACUGGACUUAGCUUACUGCCCCUGAAAAAAUGAGUUCAUUAUUUGUGCUGACAUCCUACAGUAUUUGAACAUAUUGUGCUACUAUUCCUUCUAAUUGGACAAAGCAGUUAUUGCCAUACAUUUCUUCAAACAUUUCUAAAUGUUUUUUUUGACUGAACGUAUUUGAAUACAACAAAUACGAUUUCAGUGAAAUUAGUCACAAGUAUAAGGUUUCAAAUAUAAUGUAUCUGAGACUUCUGAAAUUAUUGUGCCAUUCUGAUAAGACCUACAGAUGAAUGUGAAUCCCAUGAGAAAUAAAAGACAUGUUUUGCUUGCUCA